AUGCCGGGAUGGGAUGACAAAAGUGAUCUUGAAACGGCAUCUCCCGAGUCGGUACCGUCCAACUUUGUCGAAUCGGAAACCAACGCUUGGCUAGAAGAAAAAGAACAACAACAACAAUCAAACGAUGACGCCGACAACAACAAAAACAAUGAAGACGACGACGACGAUAUCGACGACGAGGAAAUUCUGGACACGCACGGCAACGUCCCUUCCGAGCAACUCCGCCAGCGUCUCGAAAUGCAGUGGAGGGUCGCCUCGCACGUUCAGGACGACAACUGCGACGUCUACCAACCCCACACCUGCGGGGGAGAACCCUGUCAACUCUGUCGGGGACGAGGCUGGAACGAUUGUCGUUUCUGUCACGGAACCAGCGUCUUGUGGUCACGACCAUCCCUGGCGACACCACCCACCAGUUGUAAAAUAUGUCACCAGGGGGUGGAAACCUGUGCCUACUGCAAAGGAUCCGGAUGGAUCGCGUCGUGGACUGAUUUGCAAACGUCGUCGCGGUAA